AUGCAUGAGCGGGAUGUGAUUGCAAAGAUAGAAAGGGUAUUUGAGAUUGAAGAUCCGUGUGAAGUUGCUGGAUGCACAAAGCAGACGAUUGGCGAGAUAAUUGAAGGAGCGGUGUUUCCAUCAUCGCAUCCGUUCUAUACAGACUUCAUCCUGUUUAGUCUUGAGGUGCUUUACCCAGAUGUUGAAGAGGCACUGAGGCUUUUGAAGAGCUCUAUGUUUACCAAGGAGCAGUUUGAGGCGUCUGGGCUACGCAAGGCUGUUGAUCGCGCUGCACAGGCAAAUGCAGAAUGUGCAGAGGAAGUGUUGAGGAUGUAUGACGACUCUAUGCCCAAGAGGCGAAAGAAGGUGUCGUGGGAUGCAAAUCUGAUUAAGAUCAAAGAGAUUGAACGGACAGUAAUGGAAUCCGAUGUUAUAGAUGCAGUGGAGACGCAGUUCAGGGAUUCAAGAUCACCUAAACGGAAUGUAAAUGCAUAUGGUGACCUGAAACGUGCAAAUGCACAGGAAAGGCGCGAGCUAAGAUGGAUAAAGCCAGCCAAAAUCGAUACAGGCAAAGCAGCACAGAAGUCAGCAGGCAUGGCUGAGGAGGAAAUAAGAGAAUCAAAUGCCAUAAGAAUGCAGAAUACGGAAGAGCACAGGAAAUUCAUGCCUGUGCAGUGCACUACAUCUGUUCAUUCAGUUGUUGAAGAAAACGAAACAAAAACAGUUCCAGUCAUCACAUUUGCAAGAGGAAAGGCAUGCUUUGAUUUCAAGAAGAUAGUUGAGGAAAGGCAUAGAAACAAGGAUGCAAUCAAUCAAAUCCUAGAUGAUGCAGAUGUGAUCUCUGCGGUUAUGCUGACAAAAACAUGA